ACUUAAAACACAUUUGCAGUGUGAUAAGCAUUAUCUAAUCCUACUACUUAUAUAUAAGAUAAAUACCGGCCAAACAUAACAUUUGUUUAUAGAUGUGUACGAAACAGUGCUCGAUAAAGACGUUUUUUAAAAUGGCUCCUCAAAUUAAAUAUACGAAGUUGUUCAUCGACAAUGAGUGGGUGGACUCAAAGAGCGGGAAAACAUUCGAAACCCGGUCUCCACACGAUGGCUCUGUCAUCGCCAAAGUUGCUGAGGGUGACAAGGCGGACAUAGAUGAAGCAGUAAAGGCGGCUCGUCGCGCCUUCCACCGCAACUCAGAAUGGCGGCUCAUGGACGCCUCCCAGAGAGGCCGCCUCCUGAGCAAGUUGGCAGACCUCAUAGACAGAGACUUCGAAUAUCUAAGUCAACUGGAGUCCUACGAUAAUGGAAUGGUGAUGAACUUCGCCAAUAUGUUGGUUGGUGGUGCAGGAAACUUCGUGAGAUACAUCGCUGGCCUUGCAGACAAAGUACAGGGCGAUACUAUACCUGCCGAUGGUGACGUCUUCUCUUACACCCUGAGGCAGCCGGUGGGGGUAUGUGGUCUCAUUUUACCAUGGAAUGGGCCCAUUUUGAUGUUCCUCGCCAAGGUCGCAACAGCACUGGCCGCAGGUUGCACCGUGGUUGUAAAGCCGGCAGAGCAAACCCCGCUGACAGCGCUGGCCCUAGCGGCUCUGCUGAAGGAGGCGGGAGUGCCGAAGGGCGUGGUAAAUGUAGUCAAUGGUUUCGGAGAGACUGCCGGAGUAGCACUCACGCAUCACCCUCACAUCGCCAAGGUUUCAUUUACAGGAUCGGUUGAGGUUGGCAAGCUCAUUCAACAAGCAGCUGGUGCCAGAAACCUGAAAAGAAUCACCUUGGAGCUUGGAGGCAAGAGUCCUCUCGUCAUUAUGGACGACGCUGAUUUAAACGUUGCGGUACCUUUCGCUGCUCAGGGUGUCUUCGGUCACCAAGGCCAGAUGUGCAUUGCUGCUUCGCGUCUAUACGUUCAUUCUAAAAUAUAUGACAAGUUUAUUGAAGAAGCAGUCAAGUAUGCAAAAGAAAUAAAAGUUGGUAACCCGAAGGAUGCAAAUGUGGAUCAAGGACCCCAGAUUGAUGAAGAGAUGAUGAACAAAAUACUUGGUUACAUCGAAAAGGGCAAGAAGGAAGGCGCUAAGUUGUUGACAGGAGGAAAACGUAUCGGAAAAACUGGCUAUUAUAUUGAACCGACUGUGUUCGUUGAUGUUAAAGAUGAUAUGACAAUUGCUAGAGAAGAGAUCUUCGGGCCCGUCCAAAGUAUCUUGAAGUUCGACACCUUGGAGGAGGUCAUCGACCGCGCCAACGACACCAACUACGGCCUGGCAGCCGGCAUCUUUACCACCAACGUCAACCAUGCGCUGCAGUUCGCCAAACAUGUUGAGGCUGGAACCGUUUGGGUCAACUCAUAUCUUCAUUUCGCACCUCAAGGACCAUUCGGCGGUUUCAAGGAUUCUGGAAUUGGACGCGAGAAUGGAUUCCAUGCUCUUGAUCCCUACCUGGAGGUCAAGACGGUCACAUUGGCGCUGCCAAAGAAAUUCUGAAGUUAUUUCAUGAGGGAUUGGAUUAUUAUUAUUAUAGUAAAAGCCAUUGCAACUUUAUAAUUUAUAAUUUAUGCCAGGGAUAAUCUAGUUUGGAAGUACGUAGUUACGGCGCUUAUUACGUGAAUGUGUGUUUUUUGCAACUUCAAUGUCGGUCUAUAUGAUUGUUCAUUAGUGGUUUAAGCAUUUUUGUACAUCAUUGUUGUUUUUAUUAUUUCUAAGAUAUACAUAUUUUUCAAAUAAAUAAUUUUAUUAA